ACCAAACAACGGCAGCGCCGGCAGCUAGUGUUGGCCAACUUUCCAAAGGGUAGUUUUAUUUUUCGUGUCAAUUGUUAAGCGAAAUUUGGCAAGAGUUAAUAGAGUUAAAGUUUUAUAGAAUAAAGAGUACCCCUGAACACUGCCAGCCAUGUCCCUGUUAAACAAUGACGACAGCAUUCCCAACAUGGACGAGGAUCCACAGGUGGUCAUUCCGGACGAUGAGCCCCCGGCGACGGGACGAAUGCCCAGUGGGAGGUCCAUGGACUCGUUGCGCUCCUCGUUCACCAACCGCAGUUCCACGCCAGAUUCAUCGCACAAUUCGCUGGAGGCCAUGGAAAUGGCCCAGGACGAUCGGGAGGAGAAGGCCCGCCUCAUCACACAGGUCCUGGAGCUGCAGAACACCCUGGACGACCUGUCGCAACGCGUCGAUUCGGUCAAGGAGGAAAAUCUCAAGCUGCGCUCCGAGAACCAGGUGCUCGGCCAGUACAUCGAGAACCUGAUGUCGGCUUCAUCGGUGUUCCAGUCCACCAGUCCCAGUGCGGCCAAAAAGAAGUAAUCUUCUAUAGUCAAUCGACCCACCGGUACUGGAAACCAAAAACCUUCUCAAAUAUGCCUUCUCGUUCACGCUAGAGCUACAUAUGUAUAUUUUAAUCUGUAACACUCGAAAUUAAGCUAUUGCAAUGUUAUUUCAGUUGCCCGAUCGUCGAAUUUGUAAUUUGUAUUUGUUUAGGCUUAAGCUUAUGGCGCGCUAUGUAUUUUAUACAUAGAAGUAAUUAAUUUAUAUAGAUAAUUAAUAAAUCAAUAAUACCCCACGCAA